CCAUGGUAUAAACCUUAUUGGAAGGAUCUCUAUUAGAAAUCCAUGCUUGAUAUUGGUUGUUGCUGUACAAAAAGCAUAAUGGAAUAUAAUCAUCUGAAUAUCAAAAUGGAGAUCCCUAGUGAAGUACCCUUGCCUGACGUCUUUAGCUACUGCUUAGAUAAUCAGAAAUUCAGAGAGCGCUGGCAGGACAUCUACAAGUUAGCUGAUGAACACAUUUGGGAAACCCGUUUGAACUGCAAGGAUCUGUUCGAUUCUGAGGAAUGGAAAAAUGGGGAGCAGUUUGUGAUGGGACAUGAUGAAUCAGACCCAAAGAGUGACACUGCCUACAAACUGAUGUUCAACAUGAUUCUGGAACACUUUGAUAAACUGGAACACGAAGAAUCUGGUCAGACCCAGAGGUUGUCACAGAGGGUUAUCUAUGACAGUAUAAAGAACAUUUAUGAAAGAAACCCUAAGCCCUUCAUCUGCAGUAUGUGUCGAUUUCUGGUAGAGGAGCAGCGGCUGCUGAAACAGUUUGUGGCUGUAGAGGCAAAAGCUAUGGAGGUUUGUUAUGAUGACCAAGACCAGAUCAUCAGAUACCUGGAUCAGUGCAGCAAGAAUCUAAGUACUUGCAUUGACAAGUUGGAAUCCCUAGAAGAUACCUUGAAUGCCCAAGCAGGCUUUGAACAGUUAACAGGAGUAGGAUUCAAUGGCCUGAAUGCUGCAACUGACCAGCAAAGAAAACAGUAUGAGGCACAUCAGAAAAAACUACAGAUGUUUGCAGUACUCCAUCAGGAUAUAACCAAUAACCUGCAAGAAAUUGAGACAAAGUCCCUAGAAGCAGAGAACAUUCUCACCAGGAAGAUGUCCGAUUUUAAGAAACAGCUGCAGUUGUUCUAUGUUGACCUGGUGGACCACAGACCACCAAUUCCUACUGAAGUGGAAAGGGGGUAUUCUUGGCUGGGACAGAUCCUUUAUGAUAUUUUACAAUACGCUUUGCCAAAGCUUGAAUUGUUAGCAGCAACUGAUGUCACCCACAGCAUUGGCGGUACUCUCAAAAAAUGCUUUGAAAGGCUUCUGCAGAGUUCCUUUGUUGUGACGGAACAACAGAAGCACAUCAUUAAGGUGGAACUUGGCUCUAAAAAGAGGAAUAAAGAGGCAGAGGAAGGGGGAGAGGAGACAGCCAAUCAGAAGUUUAGAUGUCCCAAGUUCUACGGCUCUGUAAGACUUCUGGCCUGUGAUAACAUUGAUUGUAAAGGGAAAGUGAAAGCACAGUUCUGUAACGAGUCAGAGGUCAAUGAGAAAUUUCACAGCAACAACUGGGACAAUCCUUGUGAGAUCAGACUGAAAGCUAAAACGGAUGAAUCCACUUUUGAGAAAAAGAAGGCCCUGGCUUCUUUUAAGAAAAUGGAAAUAGAGAAGUUUGAGAGA